UAGUUCAGCCUCGAGAUCGGCAUCCGUGACUCGGCCCCACCAGCUCUUAGUUGCCAUUGUUACCCAGCGUGGGUUCCUCCGUGUCGGUCCUGGGCUGGAGGAGGGCUGAGUGCGGAGAUUUAUGAGUCUGAGUGCCCUAAAGUAGAGCGGCGGAGGGCCUCGGCGGGGGUCGCGCGUUCCCAGCCUCUCGGUGGACCCCAGCGGUCGGCCCUGGCCCUGGGCGGAGGAGGGAGUCGCGAUGGAUCCUGGGGGCAGAGGUUCACUUUCUGAGGACUCAGACCUUCCUGGUGCUGAAAAUGCAGAAGAAAAUGGCAUGACUGAUAGGCUGCUGACCCCUGGGUCCCAGAAACCUUCGAUGAUCAGAGAUAUGGCUGCAGCUCUCACCCAGUGGGGACAGCUGGACCCUCCUCGGGGAGACGUGCCCGGGAAGCCUAGGAAUCUGGUCUUGCUGGGGCUUCCAAUUUCCAAGCCUGAUGUAAUCUCUCAUUUGGAGCAUGGAGAAGAGCUGGAGAGAGAAGCCUCAAAAGCAGCCAGUCGAGAGUGGGAGACAGUACCAGAAAGCAGAGCACUAACUCCAGAGAAGGAUUUUUCUGAAGAAUCAGCCCCUGGGGUGUUAAUAGAACGAUUUCCAAAAGAAGGUUCCAGUGAAUGUGAGGACUCUUUAGAGAAUCAGUUAAAAAAUCAUGAAAAACAUCUAAUACAAGAAGUUGUCACUCACAAGAAAUUUUCUGGGGAGAAAAGUUACCAAUGUGAUGAACUUAGAAGAAAUUUUAAUCGACGGUCAUUACUUGUUCAACAACAGAGAGAGAGACUUCAUAAUUGUGAUUCAUUUAAAAAGAACUUAAACCAAAAUUCAGAAAUAAUUAGACAUGAGAGAAUUUGUGCAGGAAAGAAACCUUGGAAGUGCAAUGAAUGUGAGAAGGCCUUCAGUUACUACUCAGCUUUUGUCUUGCACCAGAGAAUUCACACUGGAGAAAAACCCUAUGAAUGUAAUGAAUGUGGGAAAGCCUUCAGCCAGAGCAUACACCUUACUCUACACCAGAGAAUUCACACAGGAGAGAAACCCUAUGAAUGUCAUGAAUGUGGGAAAGCCUUCAGUCACCGCUCAGCCCUUAUUCGGCAUCAUAUAAUUCAUACUGGAGAGAAGCCUUAUGAAUGCAAUGAAUGUGGGAAGGCCUUCAAUCAGAGUUCAUACCUCACACAACAUCAACGGAUUCAUACUGGAGAGAAACCUUAUGAGUGUAAUGAGUGUGGGAAAGCCUUCAGCCAAAGCACAUUCCUUACCCAGCAUCAGGUCAUUCACACUGGAGAGAAACCUUACAAGUGUAACGAAUGUGGCAAAGCCUUUAGUGACCGUUCAGGCCUUAUUCAGCACCAGAGAACUCAUACUGGGGAGAGGCCUUACGAAUGUAAUGAAUGUGGGAAAGCCUUUGGCUACUGUUCAGCUCUGACUCAGCACCAGAGAACUCACACUGGGGAGAAACCCUAUAAAUGCAAUGAUUGUGCCAAGGCUUUCAGUGACCGUUCAGCCCUUAUCCGUCAUCAGAGAACACACACUGGAGAGAAACCUUACAAGUGUAAGGACUGUGGGAAAGCUUUCAGCCAGAGUUCAUCUCUUACAAAACAUCAGAAAACUCACACUGGUGAGAAACCCUAUACAUGUAAGGAAUGUGGGAAAGCCUUCAGCCAGAGUUCAUCCCUUUCUCAACAUCAGAAAACUCACACUGGAGGGAAAACCAAUGAAUAUAGCCAAGCCUUUAGUGAGCUUUCAGCCUUUGGCCAACAUAAGAGAAUUCAUACUGGAUAAAUGGCACAUUCACAGUGUUAUCAUAGAGCAUUUACUAUACAUGUUAUGAGGGCUACAAAGAAAUGUAAGACUGUCAGAAAAAGUUAUUCAACAGUCAUUGUUGAUGUGAGGCUUACUUAGAUUGUGAAAGAAAUGUUUUACAUUUUUAAAAGUGUCCUAAUGGAGGGCAAUGUAAAUUUCCUUGUGGAAAGAGGAAAUUUAUUUCUAAUACCAUAAUGUGUAUGUAAGUAACCAAAUCCCUGAGAGAGAAAUAGAAUGUGCCAUAUUGGAAAGAGAACUUAUUGGCUGGACUUGGUAGUCUUACGAUGCUGAAGGCAUAAGCUUAUAACAAAGCAAGAGAUCCUUCUAGGGAAAUUGAAGACAUAAAAAUAAGAGAUUGAGAAUUCCUAAUGAGUUUAUCCAGGUUCAGGAAUAGUGGAGAAAUAAAAGUUGUCCUUCACCCAUAAGUAUAGGACACAAAAAAGAUAGAUGGAAAAGAUAGACUAAGAGAAUUGGGGAGAGAAUUCCAGAAGUGCUAUUUGAGAUAAUUACUCAACUGAGUAUUCACAACCAGGAAGAAAUUAAGACUUGUUAGUUGCUCAGUUGCAGUUUCUGUGAGGGAAAAACUGGGGUUUCUCCCCAGUUUUACCAGGAAGCUAACAACCUAGAAAGGGAAAAUAGACAUGUUUGAGGUGUUCAGUCUGUUUUAAGCUAUCUAAAUAUACUGAGAAUAUUUAUUUAUAAAGAUUUACCUCAGUUCUAUGUAGAUUAUACCUUAGAUUUUUUAUAACAUAGUAAAAUUUAAUUAUACCCUUACACUGACAUUAUAUAUUAGAUUGUGAGAAACUUGAAAAGACUGAAAUUCUUGCCUCUCACCAUUUACGUAUGGAUAGAGGCAGAUAACAUUUUUAUGUAUAUAUAUUUUUGACUGAAACUUCAAAAAUUAUCACUGGAAAUAAUACUGAGUGUAGUGUUUUUAAUUUUUUGAAGUUUCACUGUGAUGUGUGUUGGUGUUUUGGGUUUGUUUUUUUUUUUUUUUAAGUGUAUUUCCUUUUCUUGUAUUUCUCAUUGGAAUUUGUUGAGCUUCGACCUGUAUACUCACAUGUUUUGCCAAAUUUCAAUUUUUAGACCAUUUCUUCAAAAUACAUUUCAGCCCAUUUUCUCCACCCCUUUUUUUCCCCUGGACUCUGGUGAUAGAACUGUUCAACCCUUGAUUGCAGUCUCACAAGUUUCAGAGCCUUCAUUCAUUUUUUUCAUUGUAUUUUUGUCUUCAUUUGCUUGACCUGCUACAACAAAAUCCCAUAGAUUGAGUGGCCCUAGAAAUGUAUUUCUAAUAGUUCUAGAGGUUGGGGAGUUUAAAAUCAGGGUGCCCUCUGACUCAAUUUCUAGUUAGGGUUUUUUUGCAAGCUUAAGAUGGCUGUGUAUAAUGGUACAUUUUUACUCUCUCUUCACAUGGAUUUUCCCUAGUGCAUACACAGGGGAAGAGAAAGAGUUAUUGCCCCUUUCUUAUGUGACCACUAGUCCUAUUGGGUUUGGACCUUAUCUUUAUGACCUCAUGUACCUUAGUUACCUCCUAAAGGCGCUGUCUCCAAGUACAGCUAAACUGGGGAUUAGACCUUCAACAUAUAAAUUUUAGGGAGAUACAGUUCAGUCCAUAGAAUUUUACCUCUGCCCAGAUUCAGGCCCAUUCAUGAAAAAUACAUUUAUCCAUUCCAUCCUACCCUCCAGAAUCUUAACUCAUUCCAACAUCAACCAUCCAAAGUUUCAUCUAAAUGUCACCCAAAUGUGUGAGAGACGGUAAGAUUCAUCCUGAGGCACAAUUCCUCUCCAGCUGUGAACCUGUGAAACCAAUGUAUGAAUUUCCAAAAUCAGUGGUGGGCCUGGCAUAGAUUAGACAUGCCCAUACCAAAGGAGAGAAAUUGAAAAGAGAAUAGGUGAUGGCACCAAACAAGCCAAAAGCCUAGCCAGGAAAAUUUUAUUGAUCUUAUUUUAAAAUAAUUCCCUUUGGUUUGAUGCACUGUCUGUGGCCCCACUAAGUUGGCAGUCCUGCCUCAGACUCUGUGGCUCUGCUAGGUGUCCCCACCCCCAGUGCUCUACAGGGUGGUCUAGCCUCUAAGGUUCCAGCUGAAGGUUGUCUGGCCUAUUGAAAUAAAGGUGAAGUGGCUGGGUAAGCCCGUAAGCCACACCUGUGAUCUCUGAUUAAAUGAUUGUUCAGCCAAACCCUUAGUACUUUCCUCCUUUCUCUUUUUGCCAUAUGAAUAGAACUUUCCAAACCUUUUAAGUUCUGCUUCCUUGCUUAGCAUUCCAUUCAUCACUCAUCUUACCGUUAAAUCUCACUAUAAGCAGAGAAGACCCAAGCUACACCUUCAGUACUAUCAUUAGAAAUUUCCUGUUAAAUACUUAAUUUAUUCAAGUUUUGCCUUUUACAGAAUACUAGAAUACAGAUCAGACAAGUUACUUGUAACUUCAUAAGAAUCCUCUUUCCUCUCGAGUGCCAAUGACAUGUUCUUCACUACCAUCUAAGUCACACCAGAAAGCCUUUAAAUGUAUGUCUAGCAUCCACCUCACAGUUCUGUAACCUCUACCCAGGACCCAGUUCCAAGGCUGCCUGCACAUUUGUAGGUAUUUUUUACAGCAGCAUCCCACUUUCCAGGACCAAAAUCUUAGUCUGCUCAGGUUGUCAUAACAUAGUACCAUACACUAGGUGGCUCAAACAACAGAAAUUUAUUUCUCACAGUUUUAGAGGCUACCAAUCCAAAGUCAAGACCAGCAGGGUGCAGUUCCUGGUGCAGGCUCUCUUCCUUACUUGUGGAUGUUUACCUUUUACUGUGUUCUCACAUAGCCUUAGUUAUGUGAGUGGAGAGGAAGCUGCCUUGCUCUUACAAAGCCACCAGUCCUGUUGGAUUAAGACCCCAAAUUUACAACUGCUUCUAACCUUAAUUACCUCUUGAUAGCCCAUCUCCAAAUAUUGUCACAUUGGAGGUUGGAGCAUUGACAUAAUGACUUUUAGGGGGACACAGUUCAGUCCAUAAUACUAUUAUCUGUUGUUCACAUUGGAUACUUUCUAUUCUGUUUUCAGUUUCACAGAGGUUCAUCCUUCUGUGCUUUCUCUUGUGCUGUUAAGUCAGUCACUGAAUUUCAUUUCAGUUUUUGUAUUUUUCAAUGAUUUUUUUCUGAGACUUUAUUUUUUUAAAAUUUGUGGCGUAAAAUCCUAACAUCUGUGUCAUCUCUGCUGGCAUCUGUGGGUUAUCUUCAUUCAAUUUGAGAUUUUCUUGGUUCUUUGUAUGACUAGGGAUUUUAUAUUGAAGUCUAUAGACAUUUGUAGUAUUGUGAGGCUCAGUAUCCUAAUAAGUCUUCUAUUGUGAUAGGCCUCUUCCGUACUGCUAAUGGAGAAGGGGAGGUGCUAUCUCAUUACCUAAGUUGAUAUUAAAAGUCCAGUUCCAUCAUGGGCCUCUGUUGACACUAGGGGAGGGGUUCUCAGUACUGCUGGGUAGGGGUGGGAUUGAUAGCUCCCCAGUAGGCUUCCACUGACCCUACCCUGGCUGAAAGAAACAUGAAUGUCUUGUGACUGUUCUGCCAACACCAUGGAGUGGGGUUGGGGUGAUCACACUAUGGGCAUUGGUAUAAAUCCUCACUGUCCGUGGAGCCUCCACUGACAGCUGUAGUGAUAGGGAGAGAAGUCUCUGUGGGCAGAGUUGGAAGCCCAGUCCCCCACCCUCCCAAUGUGGUGUCCAUUGACACUGCUAGGUGAGAAGGAGGAAGGCAUGGGAUGUGACCACCUGUCUGUCCCCAGGCCUUCUCUUAUGCCAGCCUGGCUGAGGGGGCAUUGAGCCCAUUCCAUCCUGGUGAGGGAGGAAGUGGAGGCUCCACAUUCAAGUCUUUUUGGUGGGAAUAGGCUACAGAUUUUUUUUUUUGUAGAAAGAGUAGGCUUUUCUUUUGCCUUUUAAACAUCAAUGUAUGUUUGCAUUUCUGGAUUGCCAGUUGCUCCAGAAAGCAGCCUGGGGCAGGGAGGCAAAAAGAAGUUCGAAGAAAUUCACCCCUGUGACAUUUCUUAGGUUCCUAGGUGCCUAACCAGUGAAUUAUCUUCACCUUUUAGGACCUCCUCAUGUUUGUUUUAUAUAUAACUUCAAGGAGUUUUAGCUGUACCUAGAGGAUUAGGAGAAGGUACUACUCCAUCUUUCCCUUGGCAUCCUUGUAUUUGACGCUAAUGACUGAUCAAGUUGUGCUGAGUACAGCCCAAAGGUGUGUGCCAAACAGAGGUUACUUGUAGCCACCCAGAAGUGAGUACUGAGGGGACUGGAUACUGGUUCGCCAAAGACAAGCUGCCUCUUGAUAGAGAGAAGCAAUAGCUUGCUUCAUCUAGCAUGGUGGGAGCCAUACUGUUUAAACUGGGGAAACACCAUUGUUUAAUUGUGGACUACAGACUUUAGAAGGAAAGAUAGAUAUGACUAAGAAUGUAAACCAUAAUGUUUUUAUUUGUAUCUAUGUUCCAAGAACGUUGAAAACCCCUGGGAAUUUUAGAAUUCUUUACACUUAUUAUCUAUAUGUGGCUAUUUUAAUUUGAUAUAUAGUGUGAUAUCAUAGAGAACCAACAAAAUUAAAAAAGGAAAAUAAGUGAGAUUUGAGACAAGUACUUUCACUCUUUCAAACCUGUUUCCUCAUAUAUGUUUCCAAAAUGUGAUACCUAUUUGAGAUAGUGAUUAGAAUUAGGUAGAAAAUGGAUGCAAAUGUGAUUUAUAAACUGUUAAGUGCUCUACAACUUUUAAGUAUUGUUUAGUCAUUUAUAUGACUGAUGUCUACCAUGUGUGCUUUAUGACAGUGUAGCUCAAUAAAAGUGACUGUGAGCAUAAGGGAAUAAAUCUUUUUAUGUUUUUAAUAAGCUUU